GGUGAUCUUUGUCAUGUGGCUGAACCAGGACAAACUGGCUGCUCUGUUUUUGCUCUGCAGACUCAGGAAAUCCCCCUUUUCUUUUUAUAAGGUGGAGAAAGUGAAAGCAGGUAGAGAGUAGGAGGGACAAGAGUCGACAGAGAGAUUUCUACCUGAGCUCGACAGGUGGAGGUAAUUAAACGCCAUCAGACGUCACACAAGAUGGACAAAUCUCCAGAAAACCCUGAGGAGGACACGGUGUCCCUGAGGAGCAACGGAGAGACGCCGAGCAAUGGCGGCGUGAAGCUGGGCAUGCUUCAGUCAUUUAGAACAAGCAUUCGACGGGUCGCAGAGAAGAGUCCGCUGUCGUCUGGACGCAAAGGGUCGAAGGUCACGACUGCAGACGAGUCGAGGAUACAGGUGCCUCCGUCACCCAGUCUCAGUGCUGACUCUCCAGUGAUGUCUCCUCUGAAGACCAUCGGAGGUCUUUUCCAGAGCACACAGGACAAUCAGAGCGACAUCGAUCCGCAGAAAGGCAAAAGUCUGUCGCGUUCAAAGACAGAUCCAAACAUCUCUGCGUUUGGUGACUCACUCAUAAAAAAAGGAGCAUCAAUUCGUCGAAGUCUGACAUUUAGAAAGAACAGAUCCACACGGGGGCAGCUCAUCACCGUCUCUGAGGGCUCGGCAGAGGACAGGAAGGAGGAGAGACAGGAAGAGGAGGAGGAGGACGAGGAGGUGAGGGAGGAGAUGGAGGAGUCGUACACGCUGCCAGAAAUCCCUCACACACCGCUGUCAGUGAUGCAGAUCAAUAAGCUGAUAGAGAUGGAGGUGUUGGAGGAGGCUCACCUGAACCUGCUCGCCCUGCGGCACGAGUUCCAGCAGCAGCAGGCACGGUGUGGCGAGGAUUCACCCAUGGAGCUGGCCAAGAAGGAAAAAGACCUCAACCUCCUGUACAGCGAGCUGAGGAACAAGAUCAACGCCAUUGUACGCGACUCCAACUCUCUUCCCUCCAGAAACAAAGGGCUGCUGGUUCUUGUGGCCCGAAUCAUCCAGGAGGAAGAGAGGAGGGUGGAGGAACCCGGUGGGCUUCAGGGUGGCUGGAUGGAGACCUGGAGGGAGGCGGUGGGCGAGGGCGUGAAGGUGAAGGUGGAGAGCAUUCACCUGGAGUGUAAGGACCAGAACGCAUCCUGGUUGGCGGUUCACCUGGGGCUGCUGGGUAAAGCCAUCGUGGAGGACUUGGAGAGGGUAAAGCGGGAGCUGCGGUGGUCGUACCCGCCCAGCUUCAGUGUCUUCAGCACCUACGUCAGGAGCUACCACAAAGUCGUCGGGCAGCACCUGAAGAAGCUGGAGCCACAGGUGAUGGAGCUGAAGGACCUGCACGCUCUGCUGGACUGGAUCAUCAACCGCUACAGGAGUGAGAGGAUCAUGGGAAGCGUUUCCCUGCAGCCAGACAUGAAGGACGAGAGCAUCGCUCUGCAGCUGGAGGACGACCUCCUGAAGCAGCUCAAAGACAAGUACUGCUGCAGAGUGAAGGAGGACAUGAGGUCUUCACUGGACAGACUCAUUCAGCUGGAGAAUGAGGAGUUUUGGACGCACAGCAGGAUUCCAGAGAAGGACGACGACGGUUUCUUCAACUCUCAGGUUCACAUGGACGUCUGGACGAAAGUGAAGGGAAACAUUGUUAACACUCGACUCAUUGAUGCUCAGCUGGAACAGGAAGUGAUCUCAUGCUGCCUCGUAGAGCUGAAAGAGUUUCCUAAAAGGUUUGAGACAGAGUUCAGGCAUCUCUGCAGCGCUGUCAGACCACAGCCUCUCUGGACACAGUAUCAUAUUACAUACAUCAACAGCUUCACUGCUUUACAGGAGCACAUGAACGUCUAUAAGGACACCAGUCCACAGGAAGUGAGAGCCUUCAGAAAAGAGGCAGAAUGUCUGAUCACCAGACUCAUACAGGAGCUGGAGGAGCAGUUCAAAGAGGAGGUCAAGCCGUACCUGAGGAGGAUGAUGACGAAGAAGUGGCUCACCAGUGAUGAAGACUUUAAGCAGCUUUCCAGUCGGACAGAGACGCUGUCUCAACACUGUGCUCUGAUGAGGCCCCCAUACGUCCAGGGGUUUGCGGAUCGUAUGCACCACCAUGUGGUGAGGGAAUAUGUCGGCCAGCUGAUGAAGAGCAACUACUCGUGCAAGAACCGGAAACACGAGAAGGCGGCGAGUAAGAUGCGUGUGCAGUGUGGACAACUCCGUGAUCUCUUUGACGACAUGAAGUCGAGCUGUGAGUGGCUUCACGCCGUAGGAGACGACCUGAGUGACCUCAUUGGACAGAAAAACAAGGCAGAUAUAAAGAACUACCUGCAGCCUUUAGUGGAGCAUUACCCCGACUUCAGCAGGAAGCACCUGGUCGCUGUGCUGUACUUCAGAGGCCUGGUGAGAGGACGUGAACACCAGCUGAUCCUCCAACGACUCACAGAGCUGAAGAAGAAACUGGGCAGCGGCGACAGAAGCCAAGUUUUAUUUGGUGACAUGCAGGUCACCAUUAACACAGACUGCUUGUCCAAUAUGCCUUUCUCCUGCCUCAACAUCCUGCUGCCCGACAACUAGUGCAACAUGGAGGACGACGAGUCGCUGAGUGGAGGAAAAAUAGGUGGUUUGACACUUUAUGACAAAAUUGAAAGGUUGUUAUUCUCAGACACAGCCUUCUAAACUCAAACUGAACCUUUAGCACUGAACCAGGUUUCAUUCCACAGCUGCUAGUUAUCACAGGGUUUACUGUGGACUUCUGCAAUUAUUCUCUUUACCACUGAGGGUUUGUUGGUGUUCAGGAGGUCAGGAGUGAAUUUUAAAUGUUCUGAAGCACAAGAUGAAAUGAAUAAAAUUCUGUGUUAAUGUGUAGACAUGACCGUCAAGAUUGGGUGUGGUGUCAUCUUCAGACAGAAGUAUUCAGAUGAGUACAAACACCACACUGUGAGAGUACUUCAGUACAAGAAAAAGUUGCAGUGCAUUCAGAAGUGAAAGUGUGUGAUUAUCAGUUUGUAGAAAUAGUUUCAGCAGCUGUGUCCUUUAAACAGUUAAAAAUGAUUCUCAUGUUUUUAUAUAACUAGUUAAUACUGACGAGUCAUCUGACGUCUGUUCUUCUGAAAUUUAAAACUGGUUCCACAUGUUGAUUGAAGUCUGACGAAUGUAGGAAUGCCACAUGUUACCACUUACACAACUCAUUAAAUGUGUUUCUCAUUGAGAGUUUCUGGCUCUAUGAGAAACUGCAGGAUUGUUUUCUGGGAACAAAAACUUUUUUUGUAAACUGAAAUUCACUCAAAGAUUUAUGAAACUUCCUGUGAGGAUAAAGGUGAAGCUCUGAGCAGACAAACCAGUCAGAGACACCGCUCUCAUUAACACUAGUUUGUAGUUGAAUCAUACUGUUGUAGUAAAAUGUGUCCUGUGUGACGACAGCAUGUUGUCGGGCGUUAGUUUGAGUUCAAAGUGUCAGAGAAUAAAAACUGAGUGACGUGUUGUGAUGGAGGAGUCGACAGUACCAGACUGUGAAGGAAGAAUUUAUCAUGUAUAAGGAUGAAAUCUGUUUUUGUCUCCAUGAUGAUGAAACUUUGAAACAACUGAAGCUUGAUGUGAUUUUCUUUCAAUAUUUGCUGUUUUCAUUUUAAUCUUGUGUUUAUAAAUAGUUAAUGUGUUUGAUUGUUAAAAACGUGGAAAAAAAUCAGGGUUUCAAAACUUUUUCUGAACUGAACGUUCUCGUGAAUCCUGACAAUCUUAAGAAUUUAAAUAUGAAACACAUCUGUGUUAGAUUUCCCCCUCCAUGUAUGACAAACUCAAAUGUUUUAAACUUAUUUUAUCAUUUUUUAAUAAAACAUAAAACAAA